GUGUAAACCUCAUGGUUUAUCUCUAAUUAAUAUGCUGCUAAGUCCUGACGCCCCCCCCAUGCUCCAAAUAAUCCACUGCACAAUUUAACUGAAGUGCCAACCGCUCUGUUUAUGUCUGAUGUCAUGGCUGCCAGGUCAGCUCCUGAUCUGUGGUCCUCAUCCUACCUGUGAAUCUGUAGUGGCCCUGUUUGCCUGUGCCGUUGGAGGCCCGGUUCUCUGCCACCUCCAGUUCCUCUCUGAAGGCAGUCCGAUUCAGUUUGUGACUGGGGAUGCCAGGUCGCCUCUUACCUUUGAAGCCCUGGCUUUUGCGGUUCUUUGACACGCCAAAACCGGUGUCUUUAACAAACUUUUGCCGGACAUUAUUUUGUUUACUAGCAUUCUGUCUUGUUGGCGUUCUGGUGGAGACUGGGCCUGCCCGUCGUGCUCAGGGCACAGCCCUCUGAGGUCCAUUCUGGGUGGGUCUAAACAAAGGGGUGUUUGCUCGUUCUCAUGUCGUUGUGCUGUCUGUGUGUCUGGAACUGAUAAACCACUGAGAUUUGUUGUAACAUGUUCAGGUGCUGUUUGUCGGGGAACAGCGCAUUUCUUGUUCUGUCCCUGUUGUUUUAGGUCGUUAAGUUUUGUUGUAUGAAGUCAGACGGUAGGAAUGGGGCUGUGGGAUUCUGUGGUCUGCACAGAGGAAGGGCGCAGCUCCUUUAAGGGUCGUUUUUCAGCACUGACUGUUGAGAGCUGAGAUGAAUAUGAUUGUGGAAGAACUCUUCCAUGAUGCCUGAGGUUCGGGAACUUUCAGACGCGCUGCCGGAGAUGCCCAUGGACCCUAUCACUGGCGUAGGGGUGGUGGCCUCGCGAAACAGAGCACCUUCUGGCUACGAUGUGGUAUCCCAAACUACAGAUGGCCUGGAUGCUGACUUGUGGAAAGACGGACUGUUCAAAUCCAAGGUGACGCGAUACCUCUGCUUCACCAGGGUCUUCUCUAAAGAAAAUAGUCAUUUAGGAAAUGUGCUGGUGGACAUGAAGCUCAUUGACAUCAAGGACACUCUGCCUGUAGGGUUUAUUCCAAUCCAGGAGACUGUGGAUACCCAGGAGCAGGCCUUCAGGAAGAGGAGGUUGUGUAUCAAGUUCAUCCCGCGGGACUCCACAGAGGCAGCCAUUUGUGACAUCCGCAUCCUGGGGAGGUCCAAGCAGGCCCCGCCACAGUACACCUUCAUCGGAGAGCUCAACAACAUGGGCAUCUGGUACCGCAUGGGAAAGGUCCCACGUACCCAGGACUCCUCUCCCACUCCAACCACCAAUAACAUCCAAAACAUCAACUCAACGGCCAACGCCACACCCACCCCAGCACCCCCACUCCCUAAACAUGUGUCCAUGACUCUGCCCGCCAGUUUCAGACGUCAGAACACGACUCGACCGGACUACGAACACCAGAACUCCAACAUGUAUGCCAUAUCAGCAAUGGAUGGAGUGCCUUUCAUGAUCUCCGAGAAGUUUGCCUGCGCUUCUGAUGACCUGCACCAAGUGGAUCUCCUGGGGAUCACGAUCAAGUCACUGGAGGAGAUUGAGAAGGAGUACGAGUACAGUUUCCGCACAGAACACAGUGCUGCAGCGAGACUGCCCCCCAGUCCCACGCGGACCUCCCUUGGCUCUGAGGCCUGAACCCAUCCGCCCCCCCCCCUACGUAGAGACGAGCAGGACGGACUCAUACGCUACUACUGACAACCAGCCAGUCCACGCAGACCAAGCCAGAGAGUGAGAGGGAACGGGUUCUUCCUCUGUCUCUUCGGCCCGUCUUCCUCCCUGCCCGUCCCACAACAGACAAAACGGUAUUGCCCCGGGGACACGGACGGCUUGUUCCUCUGCCCACAUGGACAGGCUUUCGUUUGGGGGGGGGGGGGGGGGGGGCAAAAAGAGAACAAACAGACUGCCUUUGGUUGCCCUGUGCAGGAUUUUUCGUCCAGUAUUUUUUUGCUGCUUAUUUUAAACAGGAGGGAACCACUACACUACAAGGGACCCUUUAAAGUCCCUGAGGCAGUGGUCAUGGUGAAGGGAGAACUCUGGUGUGUACUCGGGAGGAAAGACUUGGGGUCAAAACAGGACCGCCGCUCAACCUGGACAUGGUUAUGUCAUUUGGACUUUUGGUCGUUAAUGGGGAGGAAACCAAGACCGAUGUGGCCAGUUGGCUCCUCCCUUUCAGUAACUUUGAGGUCCUGUACCCAACAAGGCCUCCAGAGUUCAUCUAAACCAACGGAACCACACCCCUAUUGGAGACGAGCGAUGUGAAACCCCAACAUCUUAACAGUGUUCAAUUGAUCGUCAAAUCCUCAAUGUCUCCUCCGUCUCCUAGAUACAAACCCUCCUCCGUCUCCUAGAUACAAACCCUCCUCCGUCUCCUAGAUACAAACCCUCCUCCGUCUCCUAGAUACAAACCCUCCUCCGUCUCCUAGAUACAAACCCUCCUCCGUCUCCUAGAUACAAACCCUCCUCCGUCUCCUAGAUACAAACCCUCCUCCGUCUCCUAGAUACAAACCCUCCUCCGUCUCCUAGAUACAAACCCUCCUCCGUCUCCUAGAUACAAACCCUCCUCCGUCUCCUAGAUACAAAACCUCCUCCGUCUCCUAGAUACAAAACCUCCUCCGUCUCCUAGAUACUAUACACAAACUCCUUUGCAGUGUCAAGUAAGGCCCUUUUAUCUCUUCAUUGUGAUGACAUGGAUUUCUUUGUGAGUGCAUUAUUACAGUGUUUUUAGUGAUUUCAUUGUUCUUAUUCUUCCCAUGACCACUUCAAGUUUAACCACUCCAGUGUUCUUUCUGGCCUGAACCACUCCUGAGAUUUAAAGGGCACAUUGCCUGCUGGUAAAAUAGCUGAACUUCACGCCACUAUUAUUUUCUCCCUGCAAAGCCAGAUGUUUGCAUUGAUUACCAGUUUCACUGUGGCUCACUCAGUCUUAGAGUUUUAGUGUUUUUUAAUCUUUAAAGCUGUAUUUUAUAUUUCUCAGAAAGUAGUUCAAACAAACCUACUGCUAAGGACAGUUGUCAGUUAGUCCUCCUUCCCUGGUCUAAAGGAUAUAAUAGGCAGCAUUGUGGUAUUAUUCAUUGGCUACCAUUUCAUUUUCUUCAUGAUCAAAAGAUUUUUCAGUGUGUUUUAUGUUCAAGUAUAUUAUGUGUUUUUUAACAUGUGAUCUUGUAUCAGGAAGAACACCUUAAUUUGGGCUGAUGUCAAGUUACAAUGCAAUAGUUUAUUUUGUUUGACUCCUAAGUGGAAAUGUCGUAUUUCUAACAGUAAAUGUUUCUAUUUGUAUUGGCAAAAACUGAGUAUCAUAAUUUAAUAAAGCAACAGUUCCUGACGGUUUGCUUGUCCACUGGUAUAGAGGUGCUAUAACACCCUUAUGUCCUUAGUUACCUGCCUGCCACUAUUCCCUCCCAUACGCAUCACACAUCUGCCAUGUUAAGAGAAUGUGUGGUUGACGCCAUCUCCAUUUUGAAGUAGUGGAUCCUUUCUGAUUAUCUGGCAUCAGUCAUUUUAGCAUGUAACUAGAAGGAUUAGCCAAUGUGAAGACAAGAAUGUGCUACUUCAAAUUGGAGAUGGUCCCAAUAGCACAUGCUCUUCCAGAGGACAUGAAGUGAAGGAUACAAUGUGAACCUAAAAUGGUGAUCCUAAAAAAGUGUCCACGUCCUAUCCACACAUAGGGGUUGGUUUCAGCAAGGUACACUAUAUCAAAACGUUUUUCAACAGGAAGCCAGUCUGAAUUCAAAUCGAAGUUUGACUGUAUGUGUGUUGAUUCUGCCAAACCGAAAGAGCAAGGGCGGGACUGUUUUUCUAUUGGACACAUUUUGGUGGUAACUCAUAUUUUCGAUUUGACAAAUUCCGAUAGGUCCCUCCCAGUCUGGUACGGGUUGCGUCUGUUUCGUAAAAUGUUUUGCUACGUAACCUUCUGUUUGGCAGCAUGAGCACACCCCAGGUAAUGCCUUCCUAUUUAAAAACGGCUUCUCUAUUGACACAAUCUAGCUCACACUCUCUAAAUCAGGAAACGCAUCUCUUUGUAUAGCGUUUCGACUGCUUAGUCUGAAACCCAGAGUUAGUUUUUUUUUUUUAUGUGAUUGCCUUUUUUCACAAUUGUGUUACGACACGAGAUUAUAACGUGUUCUUUAUUUACGUUUGUUUACUGCUGCUUGCCAUGCUUACUAUUUGUUGUUUUAUCCAGACAUGCUUGGUUUUAAGGCUAUCAAUAUUGAGAAUGCUUGUUUUAUGUACAUGUUAUUGUCUUAGGUGGUGCCCAGGGCUGCUCCUUUUCAAUAUAUAUGAGCUUUUUUUUUUAAACACUGCCUAUAAAAUAAGUAAAAUCGGAUGAGCCUCAUAUUUUUGGUAUGUAUUCUGUCUAUUGUUGUGGUUUAAGCAGUACGAUUAAGUUCUGCUACGGCAGAGUCGUUUUUUGAGAGCAACCUUUGGUGCGGUUAGGAACAACAUCAAUAAUUAAGCUAUUCCUUUUCUGGUUGUCGAGCUGUUCAAUUAAAAACAGAGAAACAGCCUAUUCACCCGAAAAUAAUUGACCAUUACAUUACAAUGUGUUUCGAGAAGAUCAUAACAGUCAGAUCAAUGUCAAAUGUGACAUUUAAAGAUAUCGAAUGUGUUAAUGUUCUGCUGGUAUACUGUUGUCAUGAUUGAAGAUUCUUAGUUAAGUCCAUUCAAAACAGAUGCUUGGAACGUGUGCCCAUUUAACCGCUUAUUACAGCUCGUGUUGUCCUCCAUGCUUCCAUGGUGAACUUCGCUCCAUACAUAGUUAUAUCUGUAAACUAUGGUGUGUAAAUAUCUUCAGCUGUUCAUUAUCAAAUACAUUCUUGUAAACUAAUAUGGUUUUGUGUAUUAACAUUUAGUAAUAGUGCUGAUUGAUGUUAAGUUUUGUUCAGUAUAUUUUAAAUGUGGACACUUCUGAGCCAACAAUGAGAGCCUUCCAUUCUUAAAAUAGCUGCUGACAAGCUGGCUUAUCGUUUGAUGUUGUUCGCUACGAUUUUCUCCGUCAUGUUGUUCGAUUAACCGUUUUGAUCAUUAAAGUAAAUUAACAGAAGUUGAAGGUGAAAAUAAAAUAUUUGUUUUGUUUGUUCCGACCAGCUCUUUGGGACCAAAUUUGGAGCCUGUAAGACGGAGCCGUAUUAGGUUUUUAUUUCUGCCGGCUACGGUCUCCAUUUAUAGAUGGUCUUUAAUUCAUUAUGUCCCUAAAGGAUGCUGGUGGAUUGAGGAUGUUUUAAAAGACAAACCCACACAACCCCCAAGCUCACUCUGGUUCAAAGCCUACUUCGUUCUGUUGCGGACAGUUAAAUCAAUAUGGGCCUAUUAGUGAGACCGUUCUGUGGAAGUUUUUGUUUGUGGGGUAGCACACAUGGUGCGAAAUCCAAAUAACUGGUGACUAAUCCACGUGCGUCGUGCUUCUAUUUAAAAAAGAAAAUGUUAGAGUCCUCAACUUCAUUAUUUUAAUUGCCAUUGCUCUUUACUUCGUUAUCAGUUUUUUUUCUGGUGAUCUGGUCGCUGCCGCAAUCAAAUUAGUUAUUCGUCAGUGUGUAAACAAGCAGUUUCUCUCAUCUUUGUACCACCUCUGUCGUUUUAAUGACGACUAGUAAAACAACUAAGCGAGACCUCUUAACUAGCUACUUCGAACCCCACCAGUAACUUUCCUCUCACAAUGCGUAGGCAACAGAGAAAGCUGGCACGCACAACCCGUCGACACCAAAUCAGGCUAGUUUUACUGUGACAAGAGUGUUCGGGAAUGCACUGUACUUUUACUACGAUAUAGGCUACUUUAUUAGAAACGCGUCUGUCAAAACCGAUUAAUUACCUCGCAUUUUGUCCUUGAACUCUCGUGUAGUAUUGUUGGCAUCCGUAGGCUGUUUACAUAGGCCGAUCAGUUCUGCUAUUAUGCCCAGUCAUAGGCAAAUAUCAGAUUUUGACUGCACGUGUAAACACGGCCAUAUCUCCAUUCAUGUUAUGAGAACUGAAUGGGCUUUGGUCCCAUGUAAAUUACGUUGAAGUUUGUCAAACGUUGCAUGUUGCUCGUACGCCAGCAAACAGCGGCAUAAUUUCCUAUGCAGGAGGCAGGCUGCUGGAUGAUUUACCAGGCUUUAGGCUAAUGUAAUGGAUUCAGCGGAUUAUUUUUGUAAAUGGCUUACAGUAUGUUUACAAUGGAGUGGCUGGUGAACAAAU